AUGGUGUGGGAUUCAACGGCGAUCUCCGGCGGUACCCCCGCCGGGUACGGCUUAGAGCGCCCGGCGGAGCAGGCCGGGGCGGCGGAAGCAUACCCGGAGUCGCCCGGGUCGGUGACGGGAUCGGAGACGGUGAGCUACGACAGUCCGGCGGUGAUGGAGCAGUACGCCGGCUACGCAGAAGACAUAACCCCCACCCCCAGCGAGCCGAGAGCGCAAGCUCUAGGCGUAACGCCGAGCAGCCCGUGGGCGUCGCCGGUCGUCCUGGUAACCAAGAAGGAUGGCAGCACUCGCUUCUGCGUAGACUACCGGCGUCUGAAUGAUGCGACCCGGAAGGACGCCUAUCCUCUACCCCGGAUCGAUGACACGCUAGACGCCCUCGCCGGAAGUCAAUGGUUUUCGACGCUGGACCUCGCUUCGGGUUACUGGCAAGUCGAGAUGCACCCCGAUGAUAGGGAGAAGACAGCAAUAGGAACAAGGCGUGGUCUCUUCGAAUUCCGGGUGAUGCCCUUCGGCUUGGCCAACGCCCCGGCGACGUUCGAGAGACUCAUGGAGCUCGUCCUCCGGGGAUUGCAAUGGACAGACUGCCUGGUAUAUCUCGAUGACGUCAUCGUCUUCGGACGAACGUUCGAAGAGGCGGCGGAACACACCUGCCGAAAGGUCAUUCGCAACCCGGCGCCGGAUGCAGCGAUCAAGUUAAAAACCAUCGAGACGAGCCUAGAGUGGUGA